AUGGAAGCUGAGCAGCCUAAUUUCAACGAUGAGAGAGGCCUCUCUCACGAUCAAGUGCACCCCGGCCCGCUCGACGAGCAUCCCCUGGGAACCUGGAUCGAGGAUAUUUGUGGCACCAUUGCCACCAACCCCAGCGAUGCGACUUCUAUCAUCAAGGCGGCCCUUCUGAACCUUCAAUCCUCAGCGCAGGAGAAGGGUCAUCACUUUGAUGCCUACUGCAAUUACCUUCAACCCUUCAUCGACACCAUCGAGCGAACUCCAUUCGAUGCCAGUCAAACCGCGGCAUAUGUGGAGAUGGUCGUAACAGGUGCCCAUGAACAUUACUCGGCUGCGCUCAAUGCCCUCGUUAGCACCAGCGUCAAAGUGGAUGAGCUUUUCACCCUGGCGCAGCAGAUAGCCUCCAUGCGACGCGAGAUGGUAGCCAAGGAAAAGGAUGCCCUACGGUUCGAGAAGAAACGAUUGAGGCGCUCCCUCGAGCCCAUUGUGGACGACCGCGAGCGAUACCGCCGUGAAAUGGAGGUGCUCGUUCCCCAGCAGGCUAGUCUCAUUGCUCAGCAGAAUCGCCUUAUCGCCGGCCUGAGGAACGGCAGGCCUAUUCCAGCGUUCGUCGAUAACGAGAUCGCCCAACGCUCGGCCGACCUGCAGCAGCGCAGCUCGGAAGCCCAGCGUCAGAAGGAGGAUGUCGACCGUCGCCUCUCUCAGGUUGAUGUGGAUGGAGACGAAAUCAACCGCCGUUCAGACCAACUCCAGCAACGCGAAGCCUCACUUCGCGAGUUUGCAGAAACGUUAGAUGCCAUUGACCGCGAUCGCAAAACCGGCCCACCCGACGCCAACGGUGUCCCCACCAACCGCCUCGGUACGGCGACAGCCAUCAGCAAGGCUCUCGAGACUUGGGAUAAGUCCUGGCACCAGUGA